AUGCAGGCGUACCACAUUGGCCGCCUGCUUGGGCGGGGCAGUUUUGGGGAUGUCUAUGAGGCAAAGUGCCAGCACUCUGGUCAGCUUGUGACCAUCAAGAUGAUCAGCAAGGAGCUGCUGCACAACCAGGGCCUGCUGGAUCGCAUCACAAGGGAGGUGGAAAUCCACUGCCAGCUGCAGCACCCCCACAUUGUGGAACUGUACGAGUACUUUGAAGAUGACCGUCGAGUGUACCUGGUGAUGGAGCUGUGCAAGAAUGGGGAGCUCUUGGCCCUGUUGCACAAGCAUGGCCGCUUUGACGCCGCCACAGCGCGCUCUUUCUUCUCUCAGCUAGUGGACGGGGUUGCGUACCUCCAUGGCCACUCAAUCUUGCACCGGGAUCUGAAGCUCUCCAACCUCCUGUUGAGCGCUGAUAACACUCUGAAAAUAGCAGACUUCGGGUUAGCUGCUGCAAUCGGUGCCAACGAUCCUGAGAGGCGGACCAUUUGCGGGACGCCCAACUACAUGUGCCCGGAGAUUGUCGAGCAGCAGCCGUACUCGCUGGGGGCGGACCUGUGGUCCCUCGGAGUGACGCUCUAUACGUUGCUGACAGGGACCCCGCCGUUUCAGAGCGAUGCUGUAAGGGGUACUCUGCAGAGGGUUGGGUGCGCUGACUACCUGCUACCACGACAACUACCUGCAGAGGCGGCAGAUCUGAUCAGCCAGCUAUUACAAAAGAACCCUGCCCAGCGACUCUCCCUCCCCGCCAUCCAGUCCCACCCUUUCCUAGUCGGCCCUUCGACACGGCAAGCAACCCCUCCAGAAAGCGAAAGCGAUCGUGCUUCGCAAGCAACCCGCAGUGGCACCGCUUCGCCUCGAACGAACUUCGCCCCUGAGAGCUUGCACACAGUGGAGCAACGCGAACGCGCAGAGCGGUUGUACGAGGGAGACAGGGUUGAAGAACGCGGAUCGGGGAGAGGUAACCGUAAAGAUCGGAGCGAAGGUGGUCUGAACCAGUCCGAAAUGUCAGGGGCGGUGGAGAGAAGCGGCAAGUGGGACGGGCAGCGGGCCCUCAGGAACGAAGUCCCGGCACAGAGCCACCCGCGGGAGCACAGAAGUGAGGGGCAACGGGAAACGCAAAGAGGGCUCAGUGAAAGUAGUGCGAGUGCAGGGAGAAUGGAGGUCACUGGAUUUAGCGACCCUGGUUUCGGGAGAACCGAGGGGGUUUGGGUCGACCAUGGAAUGGCGAGUAGCGGCUUGCGGGAGAGGACUCCGGAGGGAGAGCGGUUGUGGUCACGUGCCUCAGGCCCGCCACGGAAUGAAGCUUCGGCAGGCACUGCUCCGCGGACGGACGUACGAACGGAACGGCGGACGGACCGACGAACGGAACAGAACGCGUCCGAAUCGCGGGGCUCAGAUGCAAGGCCGCAGGGCAGUAGUUCACGGCCCGGGACCGCGAGUUCCGAUCCGGGGGGGUUAAGAGCAAGCUCCGCGGUGCCGAGUCGGAGCCCCCCUGGCGCGACGCAGCUGCCGACACGCCCGCUGAGCACGCUCCGCCUGAAGGCCCUGCGGCACGAGACGUCGUACGGGUCGCUCGCGAUUCUGGAGGACGGGCGAGUGCAGGUCCACAAUACGGGCCCCGGGGGAAGCGUCCUGACGGUGUCGACGGACGGGCUCGAGGUGGAGGUGGAGCAGGCUGGACGUCCGGGGAAGACGUACCGAUUUCCAGCCCUGCCGGACGCUCUGCUGAUGCACUACGCUCACGCGGCGGCGUUUGUGGGCCUCGUCGCGAGCGCUACUCCGAAAGUGAUCUACAUCUUUGAACGGGGCCAGGCCACCUGCAUGGAGAAUGGCGACCUCCAAGUCUGCUUCACCGACUGCAGCCCCACCGCGCUCCUCCAAGUCGACGCCGCUUCCGGAAAAAUCACCGUUACCCCCCCAAACGGCGCCCCCGUAACGCUCCCAAGCCUCCACUCCCGGCCGACUGACUUCCAGGCUUCUCCGAGUCACACGUGGCAGCCAAGCCCGGAUGACACGUGGCUUUGGGAGGUCCUUUCCCAGGCGCGCCGGUGCCAGCGAAAGUGCGCAGAGGCGGAGGCGCGAGCGCUCGCCCGGCAGCCCCCGAAAACGUUCCCCCUCGUGGCGCGAAGCGCGCGCUUGAAGACGGUUUCGCCGCGGGGGGGUGCCGACGCGACUGUGGCGCUGGCUGCCGCGGCGCCCCCCGCCGAGGUGGAGCGCGCUGCGGAGCUCGUGGCGGCGGUCCAGGGACUGCACACGUCACUCUUGCCCGCCAACGUCAGCGUCGCGUCAGCGCAGGAGCUCUCGUUCGCGUCGUCGUCUGAAGCGUCCUCGCAUUUGCAACCGGGUCCCCGGUUCCCAUCUCAAUCGCAGCACGCCCCGGCGCCCAUUCUAAAACGUGCGCUGCCACACUCGCCGUCUUCGCCGCUGUCUCCGAGCCCCUCCCUGCCGGAGACGCCUUCCACUCGCGACGGCAGCUCGCUCGAACGCGUGGCAGAACGGCAGCCGUUCCACCCGUUCGCGGCACGUGGGCGGCCAACUCCGUUUGGACACGUGGCAGAGCUGGACGAUCGAGAGCGUCGGCCGUCGGGGCUUCGCCAUGCUAGUUCGGAAGAAAGACCGGCACCGGAGGAUCGACGUGACGUUCUAGGAACGGAGGCGGUGGAACGGCGGCAGGAGGGGUUGGAGCGGAGCUUGGAUGACGUCAGACGCCACGUGGCAGUUGAGCAGCGCGUCGGAAGGAUUCUGCCAACCGGUGAGGCCUCCGCGAGAAGAUCGGCCGGAGUGGAAGAAGCGUUCGCUCCUGAAGGAGCGGAACGGCCUCCCCGACCAAAACGGAACGGGUCGGAAGAGCUGCGGAACGCCGCUGGUCCGAUCGAGCGGGGAGCGGAACGGGCGGCAAGGAGCGCAGCGGGGACGGCGGCGGGUGACGUCGGCAGGCAGCAGAGGGACCAGCCGGCACGUGUGCUGGCUGACGUCAGCAACAGGCCGCCGGCGGAUGCGCAGACUGCGAGGCGCGUGGAGAAGGCGAAAGGGGAUCAGAGGGGGUCAGGGGUGUUGGAUGGCGUGCGAAGGAGGGCGGAUCGGUUUGGGUCAGCGGGGCCGAUCGGGGGAAGCUUGAAAAGCAGUGAGAGUGAGAGACGGAGGCUGCCGGUAAUCGGGGAAGGCUUCAAAGUGUUUGAGGAUCGAGGGGAGGUGCGGCCGAGGAGCAGACUUCCAGAAGCGAAAGUGCAGCAUUCAGCAACUGUUCGCCACAUGCAUUCCCAGGAGGGAUCCGCUGGUGAGAGCGAGGCGGAAAAGCUCUCAGGCUCUUACAAGGACCCUGAUUUGGACCGCCGUACAGACCAUUCAGGGGGUCAGCGACUUGGGCAAUCACAGGCGCCGCUAGACCCCCCCUCGGCGAGGAGCUUCUCUGACACGUGGCAGGACCUGAGCGCAGCGAACCGGGAGCCUUCCGACUUUCAUUCGGCAGAUCCCCCGUCUGACUCGUGGCAGCACCUGAGCGGAGCAAGGCGGACCUUGCCUGCGGCGAGCCCGUCGUCUGACACGUGGCACGACGGGCGCUCAGAGGACCCGGUUUUCGAGGGCCUUUCCGUUCCUGUCGAGCUCCGGAAAGCGGAACGGUCCCCUGCCCGGGAGGACGCCCGUAGCUACGUCGCGUCGAACCGUCUGGUUACUGCUAACCAGGGUUCGUCGGUUACGGCUAACCGGGGCUCAUCUUCAGCACUCCCCGGUCCCUCCGCAAGCCAUUCUUCACCUCCUAGCCUCCCGGAAAGCCCACUUCCGUUAUCCCAAAACACGCGGGACUUCCUGAGCCCUCCCUCAGCGUCAGACACGGCAAGGCAGGGGGAUCCCCCUCAGCUCGACGGCGCGGCUGGCCGACCCCGGAAGGACCCGAACGGUGCGAAUGAUCGCCAGAGCACGUGGAGCCGUCGGCCGGGACUGGACACGGCAAAGACGGGGGAUCCCCCAGAGCCAGACGGCGGUGGAAACGUGGGCCGAGAGAGGUUCAGUGGGCGACCAGGGAAAGGGCCGCACAGUGCGAAUGGUCGCCAGAGCGCGUACUUCCCGGGCGUGGGGUGGGCCAUCCGGCUGAAGUCGGGGGAGCUGCUUAUGCAUUACCUGGACGACUGCCAGAUGGUCGUAUCCAACGACGGGGCAAGCGUCGAGUUCUGGCCGCCUGGUGCCAAGAUGGGCGGCUCCAAGUAUACGCUAUCAGACCGUGCGAGCAUCCCGCAGGAAGUGCGGGAUAAGCUCCAGUAUCUUAGUGCGUUCAUCAAGCUCAUACGAAAGCAGAGCCACGGCACACAAACCUACUCAAAAUGGGUCACGCCCAGGACAUCCCCAGCUUUGACCGCCCAAUAAGUCGAGCACG